GCUGCGGCGGGGCGCGCGUGCGCCGAGCGCGUAACCCGGAAGCGCUCCGUCGGCCGCCCGUCCGGUAGCGGCGGGGCCCUGCACGCUGCGCGCCCCCGCGCCCCCCGCCCGCCAUGUCCCGAGGCUCCAGCGCCGGCUUCGACCGGCACAUCACCAUCUUCUCGCCCGAGGGCCGCCUCUACCAAGUCGAAUAUGCUUUUAAGGCCAUAAACCAGGGCGGACUUACGUCCGUAGCUGUCCGUGGGAAGGAUUCUGCAGUAAUCGUAACACAGAAGAAAGUACCUGACAAGUUACUGGAUUCCAACACAGUGACUCAUUUAUUCAGCAUUACUGAAAAUAUUGGCUGUGUGAUGACAGGAAUGACAGCUGACAGCAGAUCCCAGGUGCAGAGGGCCCGCUAUGAGGCUGCUAACUGGAAGUACAAGUAUGGCUAUGACAUCCCUGUGGACAUGCUGUGUAAGCGGAUUGCAGAUAUUUCUCAGGUCUAUACGCAAAAUGCUGAAAUGAGACCUCUCGGUUGCUGUAUGAUUUUGAUUGGUAUUGAUGAAGAACAUGGCCCUCAGGUGUACAAGUGUGAUCCAGCAGGUUACUAUUGUGGAUUCAAGGCCACAGCUGCAGGAGUUAAGCAGACAGAGUCGACCAGUUUUCUUGAAAAGAAAGUAAAGAAGAAAUUUGAUUGGACAUACGAACAAACAGUAGAGACAGCAAUAACAUGCCUGUCUACUGUACUAUCCAUUGAUUUCAAACCUUCAGAAAUAGAAGUUGGUGUAGUCACAGUGGAAAAUCCUAAGUUCAGGAUCCUUACAGAAGCAGAGAUCGAUGUGCACCUUGUAGCUCUGGCAGAGAGAGACUAAUUAGCUUUCCCAUUUCUGUUGUCUGUGCUUCUCACCAGGAUAUUUGGUGAAAAUAAAACACUUAUUAACGAAUUUAGAUUAUGGUAUUAAAACAAUGUUCACUGUAUGAUGUAUUUUACUCUGUACAAAUAAAACAGAGGUUUUUGAAAUACUUGUUGUCUUUUAUUUUUCUUAAUUUUCAGUUCAAUGAAGUUCUCAUCAAAAUGCUUGAUGACUUUAAAUGUUUUUGUGAUUAUUAUAUCUGUUGUAUUUUAUGAGCAAUUUUAUACUUGGUUCUGUAUUUUUCAUCUGAGCUAUAUGACUCCUAGUGUAAAGUUUCAUAUCAGGUUGUGGUGUGUGUCUCUUGAGAUAAAUCUUACAUUUCCAUGUGUUUCCUUGCCCAAAUAUUUAAAGGCUUGUAACAGUACUGUUUUAUCUGUGGGAAAAUUAAGAAGAUGUUGAUUUCAAACCUGAGGAUUUGCCCUGGUUUCUAUGAGGAAGUAGGACAAAAGCUG